GCGUGGACUCUCGGGCCCCUGACGACGUCACCAACGCCACUCCCACAUUCCGCUCCUCCUAUGGGCAGCCUCCGGAGCUUCACGGGUUUGUCGGUCGCGCGACGAAUCCAUCAUCUACAAUGUUGUUUGUCGUGGUGGUGGUGUGUGUACGCUCGAAGACAUCGCUCUCGUCCGCGUCUCGUCCGUAUUUCCGCUUCGUCUACGGAGAUGGGCAGCUCGUCCAGUUCGUCAAAGGUUCGACAUAAGUCGGAAUCGAUGGAGAUUCGGAAGAAGAGUAGGUCGGAAGAUUACUCACCAAAAAGUAAAUCGUUGAUGGAACUUGGAUCACGAAACAAGCAGCGAUCCAUUGUUGGCAUCAAAUCUUCUGAUCGACCGAAGCAACCGCUCAAGGAGUCACGAAGUGGGAGCACGGUGAAUGGCCUAUCCAGAGCGAGAUCAAUGCGGAAAGAUUUGGCGCACCCAAUCAGCCCUCAGGGACGAGAGAUUAUUCUUCAGUGUUUUGAGAAUCCGCAUUCAGAAUUCGGCAACAAGGUGUUACAACGAAUAUUUGAGAAACGACCAGAUUAUCAGAAGUACGUUUAUGCACUUGGUAAGGAACGAGCCUAUCAAAUGAGCGUAAGGCUAAAGGACCUGGUAGAAGAAGUCGUUGCCAAGAUCUUUGAUCCUGACCAUAUUUGUGCCAUUUCACGGCUCUACGGAGAAGAGCAUGUGGAAUUGAAGUCAUAUGGCUUCAAACCCGACUUUUGGGUCUCUAUCGCUGAUGCGAUUACUGUCGAAGGUGUAAUUCUGGAUAUGGCCAAUCAUCAGCCCGCGGAUACGGUAGCGGCAUGGUCGCAGCUGGUCACCAUGAUGUUCUCAGCCGUUCGUGAUGGCUACUAUUCAGCACUGCGAAAGCAUCGAAUGUCAUCGCGACGCGGCUUACAACGUCAGGUCACUCAGGAAAGCAGAGACGCUGAGAGUGGUAUUGAAAUCGCCUCAAACUCAUACGAAACGACAACAACACACACUCCAGCCGUUCGUAGUGUGUCCAUGUAUGCCGUUUCAACGGAGAAUAGCCUGAGAAGAACGAACGGCUCGGUAAACAUAAUGGCUCCGGUGACACACUCUACUCCACGCCUGGCUACAACAUCGCGGAACGUUCGUUCGCAAGAAGUGUACGAUACUGUCGAUAACGGAGCCCUGGUGACCACAAAUCGUUCCCGACCAAUAUUUGAGUGAAAACACGUGUGCAAUGUGCCAAUAUGCUUUUUUUUCUAGAAAAUCAUUCUAUAACGGGUUGUUUCAUGUUGUUCGCCUGCGUCCACUUAUAGAGGUAGCCUUCGGGUCUUUGAGACAUUGGUGAAGCAUUGUAUAUCAUUUCCUAAUGUGUACCUAAGUUUUCCCUACAUUCCACGCUAGUUUUAUUGUUAGUGCUAAGAUAGAGUUUAGAGUUCACUUAGUCGCAUUGCAUGGCUACUUUCAAGACUCUCUUUCUUGAGUGAGCUGUUGUGAUUGUCGUCUUCCUUACAGUAAAACAUGCCAUCUC